GCAUUUCUGCGCCUUCGUUGCCGGAUGCUGACCGAGUGAGUCACUUAGGACCCUGGAGAGCUCUGCAAAGCCUGGCUCGCACUGAGCAUGUGCGGAGCGGCUCGGCUCUCUUUAGGCUCAGUUAGUUACUGAUAUAAACAGCUGGAGGUAUUCAAGUGCUGAGCUUAGAGACAAGCAGAGCUGCAAGAGAAGGGGGGGAUGCGGGAGGAUUACGGCUUCGGUGCCUCCAAAUCUGGGUGGCAGGAGGAGGAUUAGCGGAGCCAGGGCACCCAGCGAUGCUCGGAUCUGCGUUAUUAUUACCAUCGCCAUCGUUUGCUCGUAUUUCGGAGGAUUUUGCGGAGAACUUUGUCUCCCUGGAAUCAGAGUUUUUCCUUUUCGAUUUGGGGACUUUCAGCUUGGAAACAUGGUGGACCACAAAGGAGAUGUUAGAGAUGAUCAACAUUGGUAAAUGGGAUCUCCUGGAAUCCCACAGCCUUCCAGAAACAGAGCACUGUGGAUACGUGUUUGGAAAUGAUCGUGGAAAUAAAUGUUUUUGAGAAAGGAAAUGUUCCAAGAUGAUGAGAUGUUCCUAUUGGAGGAACUAUUGAGAAGCCUAGCAGUGGCUUCGAGGCCCUUCUGAAGGUGUGAGGAACCCACGGUAAGGGUAUGGCCAAACCUUUUUCGAGACCACAGAAGUUUCUUUGGAGGACCCAGUUUCUGCUCUUUUUCCUCACAGCCGCUUACCUGAUGGCUGGCAGCCUCCUCCUCCUUCAGCGAUCUCGCUUGGUCCUCCAGCAAGGCUCUCGUGGGACUUCUGGAAACCAGGCCCUACCAGCCACAGAGAUGUUCUCGCCUGCCGGAGAUACAGAGACGAGACCGGUGCAAAACCCACAUUUGACUCCCAAACUCAUUGUGAACAUGGAUAUGCUGCAUGGGCCAACGCCGGACCAGAAGUAUGGGCCACGGUGGCUGAUCUCCAGAAACUCUGAACUGAGACAACUGAGAAGGAGGUGGUUUCUUCGAUUUGUGAAUGAGCAAGAGCCGAUGCAAGGUGCAGGGGCCAAAGUGGCCAAACGCGCACAGGAGAACAAAGGUACUUAUAUCGGAUGCUUCGAUGACGAUCCCAGAGAGAAGAUGAUGAAAGGUGCAGUGUUUUAUGACUUGAGGAAAAUGACAAUUCCCCACUGUCAGGAAGCUUGUGCCGAGAGGUCUUAUACAUAUGCUGGUUUAGAGUAUGGAGCCGAAUGCUAUUGCGGGAACAAGUUACCCGUGACUGUUGCAAAGCAGGAAGAGUGCAACAAUGAAUGCAAAGGGGAGAAAGGAACCAUUUGUGGAGGCAUCAAUCGGCUCUCCGUUUACCGAGUGGAAGAGCCGUGGAGUGGGCCAAAACAACGGCGACAUGCAAUCUAUCGAGGAUGUUUUAGAGCACCAGAAAAUUUAACAAACAUCCUGCCUGCUGUUUUAAUCCACUUGAAUUUGACAGUCGAGAUGUGCUCGGGAUUUUGCUCCAAGAAGGAAUUCCCUUUGGCAGUUCUCAGAGGAUCUCGGUGUCACUGCGGCUUCCCUACCAUUCAUUUCCCGUUACGCAACAACUCAGAUAAGUCACUGUGUAUCCCGUCGCAGAACACCAGCACUGUGGCUGAAAGGUCAAGAGGAAAGGACUAUUGGCUAGUCUAUCAAACUCCUGUACAAGAUACACGUUGCACCGAUCGGAGGUUCCUUCCCACCAAAUCCAAAGCGUUUGUUGCUUUGUCGAGCUUUCCCGGAGCUGGAAAUACGUGGGCUCGACACUUGAUAGAACACGCCACGGGAUUCUACACAGGGAGUUACUACUUUGAUGGGACUCUUUACAAUAAAGGUUUCAAAGGGGAAAAAGAUCACUGGAGAAGUAGGAGGACGAUUUGCGUCAAAACCCACGAAAGUGGCAAAAAGGAAAUUGAAAUGUUUGAUUCCGCCAUCUUAUUGAUACGGAAUCCCUACAAGUCACUUGUGGCAGAAUUCAAUCGAAAAUGUGCAGGUCACCUGGGAUAUGCCACGGAUCGGAACUGGAAAAGCAAAGAAUGGCCAGAAUUUGUAAACAGCUAUGCUUCAUGGUGGGCCUCCCAUGUGCUCGACUGGCUUAAGUAUGGCAAAAACCUCCUUGUCGUCCACUACGAAGAUCUAAAACAGGCCCUGAUCCCCAAGCUGAAAGAAAUGGUCGAAUUUAUGAACAUCACUGUGACAGAGGACAGAUUGCUCUGUGUCGAAAACAACCGAGAUGGAAAUUUCAAACGGUCGGGACCCCGGCCGAAGGCCUUCGAACCCUUUACGACAGAAAUGAAAGACUUGAUCAAUAAGUACAUAGCAACUGUGGACAAAGCCCUAAAGGCGAGAAACUUUAUUGGGCUGCCGAAAGAGUAUUUGCCUAGAUGAUGGCAUAUGGUGGGAUUUUUUUUUCCAGAAAAAAUAAUAAAAAUAAAAGUCUUAAUGAGAUGA